CCGCCUUAUAAAUUUCUUAGCAAUUAUCAUAAGCGUCUGCUGCUGUGUCUCCCAUUCUCCAGUGUUUUCCAUCUUUUUUUUAUUAGGCCAAUACAAAUCUCUUUAUAUAUAUAUAUAUAGUCUUUGUUUGUGUGCUUGAACAGCAGUGUCCUCUUUUUACCCUAGUUGUUGAACACCUCCACUUUCCCACCCCUUUUGCUUACUGCCGAUUCCACUACUUGCGACUUUCCUUGUUGAAGUUCUUGAAGAUUUCAAUCUCCAUCUUGGAAAAGGGUUUGAUUCGUCUUGGUAGAAGCUGGACAGGCUGCAGGAGCCUCUGCUUCGUCAUAAUCAACAAGAAGAAGAAGAAGAAGAGCAGAACAGAGGCAGAGCCAUGGUGAGUUCAAUACCAAUAGGUCGAUUUGGGAACGAACAGGACGCGAUGAGCCCGCCGUGGUUAAAGCCAAUGCUGACUGCAAACUACUUCAGGCAAUGUGAAAUUCACGGGAGGGCCAAUAAGAGCGAAUGCAACAUGUUCUGCUUGGAUUGCAUGGAAGAUGCUAUGUGCCCUUACUGUUUAAUUCAUCACAAGGAUCACCGCGUUGUUCAGAUAAGGCGGUCCUCAUACCAUGAUGUGGUGAGAGUGAAUGAGAUUCAGAAGUUCUUGGAUAUAUCGCACGUGCAGACGUACGUCAUCAACAGCGCAAAGAUUGUGUUUUUGAACGAGAGGCCGCAGCCAAGGCCUGGAAAAGGGGUCACCAACACUUGUGAGAUUUGCUGCAGAAGCCUCCCCGACUCCUUUAGGUUCUGCUCCUUGGGUUGCAAGCUUAAAGGAAUAAAGCGCGGAGACGGUGAGCUCACAUUUACAGUGCUGAGGGCGAAGCACUACAGGGAUGGUUUCUAUGGCGGGUCAGAAUCGGAUGAAUCAACAACUCCAAAGAAGAUAGCAAGGACGGUGAACAUGUUCAGCCGUCUAAUGGAUGGCAAUGCAAUGAAAUACCAGGGCAGGACUCAAAGGGAGGGUACUAGCUCAAGUUCUGGUGAUGAGGAAGGCACUACCAAUAUGUCUCCGUCCACACCUCCCAUUUACAACCACAACAAUGCCAGAAGACGUAAGGGUAUACCUCACCGCGCACCCUUUUGAUCAGAUUCCCAUUCCCACUAAGUUAAAAGUACAUAAAUAUAUAGAUACAUACACAUAUAUGUUCAUAUAGUAAAUCAUCGACAUAAAUUAGCUUUUAAUAUGUUUAGUGGCUCAAAUAGAAGGAACAAAGUAAGGAUGAAGAAGUACAUAUAUAUAUAUAAAUGUUUGAAAGCUAGGGAAUGAUAUGUUUGGAAAGCAUCAUGGAUGG